AAGAAAUGUCUCGUUUAGAAGCUAAGAAACCUUCAGUGUGUAAAAGUGAACCAUUGACAAAUGAGACAGUCAGGGCCACACUGUCUGUCUUAAAAGGAGUCUUAACAUCAUGCUAUGGUCCUUCAGGUAGGCUGAAGCAGCUGCACAACGGCCUGGGAGGUUAUGUGUGCACAACCUCACAGUCCUCAGCCCUGCUCCGUAACCUGUCAGUCACCCAUCCCAUAUUAAAAAUCCUGACAACUUCGGUGCAGAAUCAUGUGUCCUGCUUCAGUGACUGUGGCUUAUUUACGGCCAUUCUUUGUUGCAACCUGAUUGAAAAUGUCCAGAAAAUAGAUUUGACACCCACCACUGUCAUUAAAUUAAACAAACAUCUUCUGAGUCUCUGCACCAAUUAUCUCAAGUCGGAGGCCUGUGGUUGUCGAAUCCCUGUUGACUUUAGUAGUUCUCAGAUCCUCCUUUGUUUGGUUCGCAGUAUUUUAACAAGUAAACCUGCCUGCAUGCUCUCCAGAAAGGAAAUAGAUCAUAUCAGUACUUUGAUUCUGAGAGCAUUCUUGCUUACAAUUCCAGAAAACACAGAUGACAGUAUCAUUUUAGGAAAGAGUAUAAUUGUACCUUUAAAAGGUCAGAGAGUUACAGAUUCUACUGUAUUACCUGGAGUACUCAUUGAAAUGUCCGAAGUUCAAUUAAAGAGGAUGUUGCCUAUCAAAAAAGCAAGUGCCCUCAAGGUGGCGCUCUUUUGUGUAUCUUUAUCUGGAGACUUUGCUGACACUGGAGAAGGAACCGUGGUGGUCAGUUAUGGGAUGUCUCUUGAAAAUGCAGCCCUGGAUCAGUUGCUUAACCUAGGAAGGCAGUUAAUUAGUGAUCAUGUAGAUCUUGUCCUGUGCCAAAAAGUUAUACAUCCAUCUUUGAAACAGUUCCUCAGUACACAUCACAUUAUUGCCAUAGACAGAGUUGGAGUGGCUUUGAUGGAACCCCUGAGCAAAGUGACAGGAACACAGCCUAUUGGUUCCAUAGGCUCCAUAUCUCCUAGUAGUUAUGGAAUUGUGAAAGAACUGUGCUCUGCAAAAUUUGGCUCCAAGCAUUUUUUUCAUCUUAUUCCUGAUGAAGCAACUAUCUGCAGCUUGCUUCUCAGCAACAGAAAUGACACUGCCUGGGAUGAGCUGAAGCUCACGUGUCAAGCAGCACUGCACAUCUUGCAUUUAACAAUCAAAGAACCAUGGGCUUUGUUGGGAGGUGGCUGUACGGAAACUCAUUUGGCUGCAUUUAUUAGAUACAAGGCUCGUAAUGAACCAGAAAGUAUUCUCACAGAUGAUGGGUGUACUCAAGCAGAACUUCAAUUAAUUGCUGAAGCAUUUUGCAGUGCUCUCGAGUCUCUUGCUGGUUCUUUAGAACAUGAUGGAGGUGAAAUUGUCACUGAUAUGAAGUAUGGACACCUUUGGUCAGUUCAGGGAGAUUGUCCAUCUGUUGUCAACUGGCCAGAUUUGCUUUCACGAUGUGGCUGUGGAUUAUACAGUAGCCAGGAAGAACUCAGCUGGUCUUUCUUACGAAGCACUUGCCAUCCUUUUGUCCCACAAACCUGCCUUCCACAUGAAACCGUGAGCCCAACCAGUAAUCUGAUUGUGGACUGUUUGACUGCUAAGCUUAGUGGCCUACAGGUGGCUGUAGAGACAGCCAAUUUGAUUUUAGAUCUUUCAUAUGUCAUCGAAGAUAAAAACUGAUAUAAGAGAAUCACAUUUAUGUUAUGAAACAAACUUACGUUAAUUGAGAAAAAUAUUGAGUGGAUUGUUCUCUCCCAAAGUCUUGUUCUGCAUAUAGACAGAUGACUCAUAAAAUUAUAGACAUACUUAUUUAAGGUAUGAAUCUUGAAUAGAAAUGUCACAGAAUAAUAAUAAUAAUAAUUUGAAGCAUUAUUAAAGAUGUUAUAGGUAUCUUAGGAAUUCCACAGGGACUGUUGUACAUUGUUCUAAAUUUUUAUCAUUGUUGUUUUGGUAUCAUUCUAAGAACAUACAAAAAUUAAAAAAAUUCCUAAUCCUUGCUAUGCUUUGUAUAUACUUAUACAAAUUUUAUAAUGAAUAGCAACUACAUACAUUUAACAUAUAAAAUUAGAUUCUAAAAUAUCAUAAAGGAUCCAUCCAUGUUGCUCAUUCAAAAGAAGUGUUAAAGCUGCACAUUUAAUGAAAUUUUACUUUUCUCAAUUCCCUUUAUCUCUCUCUGUUACUCAGUGGUUAAGUAAUUGAAUUAGAACCUAGUUUGCCUGAAGUUGCUAGUUUGUAUCACAGUUCUACAUUUUUGUUAUUUUGAGGAAAUGUGUGAUUAAAAAGUCUGUUUAUAUAAUAACUAAGGCUAAAACAACUCUGUAAUGUCUUCAUGUUUAAAGUGGGAGGAAGAACUGAUUAGUUUUUAGAGUAGAGUUUCAUAGCCUUUAUACUAUUGACAUUCUAAACCAGAUAAUUAUUUUUCCCCUGGUACUGGGGAUUGAACACAGGGCCUCACAGGCCUAGGCAGGUCCUAGGCAGGUACUAGGCAGGUACUCUACCACUGAGCUAUAUCCCCUGUCCUUAAACCAUAACUUCUUUAUCUUACAGUGCUGUCCUGUGUAUUACAGAAUGUUUAACAGCAUCCCUGGCAUCCAUCCACUAAAUACCAAUAGCACACCCAAGUUUAAAACCAAAAUGUAUCUAGGUAUUGAAUAAUUUCCCCUGGGAAGCAAAACUGCUCUUGGCUGAAAAUCACUGUUCUACACUGAUAUUAAAAAAGAAGUAGAAGAAGAAGGAAAAGAAAGAGUAUCCUACCAAGACUUUAGAAAGCAGCAUAGAGAAAGGAAGUGGAAGUUAUUUCUCUAACUCAGUCAAUGAUGCAAAAAAGUAGCUAAAACAGUGCCCAUAUUCAAAGUAGAGACUCUGAUAUUUCACCAAGGAAUGUAAUUUGAAUUUAAGUAAAUUCAUGAUACAUUGAUCAAUCAAAAAUGAAAUAGAGAAUACAGCUGAAGGAAUAAAUAUGGAUCUAUUUUUAACAAGUAUUAUAUUAAACUAAGAAAAAAUUUUGAAAAUUUUUGGAAAGUUAACAGUCAGUGGUCAGAUCUAUAGCCAUAAUAAAAGGGAAAAUAAUUUUUAAGCAACUUCCUCCAAUUUUGUAAUCAGAAAUUAUUUUUACUGUAAGCCAAAUAAAAAAUGGUGAUACAAACGCACAGCAAUGCCAUAUAUAUUUUAAAAGCAGCUUCAACUCAAACUUCAUAAAAUAGUUCUCUAAAGUUAUACUCCUUUUAUUAUUAAAAUUAAAUAGAAGGACAGCAGUAGAGUAGACAACCUUUAAGGUGGCCCCCAGCGACUCCCUCCUCCUGGUUUUCAGGCCUUUACAUAAUUCUCUCCCCUGCAUAUGGGCUGGUGAAUGAUCUGAUGUGCCUUUCUUGCACUCUCAUAAGAAACUGCAACUUAGCUGGGUGUAGUGGCACACACCUAUAAUUAAUUCUAGUGACUCUGAAGACUGGGACUACUUCCUCACACCCAACAGAUUUAAGGACCACAUGGGUGACUGCUGAGGCCAUAACAGGAGUUUAAUUGGGAAUUGCAUUUACAAGUAAAGCAGGAGUUCAUUGUUCUCCCCUCCUUUUUGUUUUCUCCUGACUCUCUAUCUCUUUAUCCCUUUAUUUCUCUCCUAAAAUACAUGGAGAUUUAGAAUAUGAAAUAUGGGAAUUGCCCUGGUUCUCCUAGGUCCUAAAUUGCAUUUUCAAGUUGUUCCAAGAAAACACAAGGAACCUCUCUACUUGACCUUAUCAAGUAGGGUCUACAAUCUUCACUCUAGUCACUUUUACCUCUGUCAUUUUAAGCUUGGCCAUAAAAUUUGAUACAUUUCUUGGUGAAACACCAAUGCUCUCAUUUUGAAUAUGUCAAAAAUUUGUUGAAAUAGUUUUAUAAAUCCAUUUGCAUUUCCUAAGAUUGUGUAUAACUCUUACUAGAAAAUGCUAGAAAUGUAGCUGGGCAUGGUAAUAUAGGCUUGUUGUCCCAGCUACUCAGGAGGCUGAGGCAAGAGAAUCACUUAAGCCCAGAAUUUGGAGGUCAGCCUAGGCAAAAUAGCAAGCUCCUGCCUCAAAAAGAAAAUACUAGAAAUGAAAAACAACCUCCUUGAUAGUUCAAGAAAACCACUAUUCAAACUCAGAUGGUAAAACAUGAGAUGAAAAUUCUUGGAAAUAAUUUCAGAGGAGCUCAUUGUGGCAGAAAUAAAUGAUAAGAAAAAAAUAGUCACUAAUUAAGCCUCAGACAGUUUUAUGAGUUACAAUAAGAUCGAAGUCUGUACAUUGCUUUAUGAGGUACCCCAGGAUACAGGACGGGAAACCCUAGAGCUACAAAAAGGAAAGGGAGGGUCACAUGGAAGAGAAUGAAGUUGGUGGCAGCUGCUCCGGACUUUUACAGAACUCAUAGGACAUGCAGCAUUAAAGUUUAUUGAAGGGCUGGGGAGAUAGCUCAGUCGGUAGAGUGCUUGCCCUGUAAGUGCAAGGCCAUGGGUUUGAUCCCCAGCACCAAAAAAAAAAAAAAAAAAAAAAAAAAAAAGUUUGU